AUGACCCAUCUCAAUGGCCGCAGCCUGCAGAUUUUCGUCGUCACACUAGUCUUUCUAAUCAUCUCCUUCAUCUCCGUUUGCCUUCGAUGCUUUGUCCGAUUGAGACUGGUCAGGGCGUUUGGCUGGGACGAUGGACUCAUGGUGUUCGCCAUGGCACUGAAUAUCUUGUUCGCAAUAUGUGGAAUGACAGGCGCCACGUAUGGAAUGGGACAAAAGUUCGAGAGCAUCGACUUGACUCAUAUUGAUGUUGCUCUGUUUUGGUGGUGGCUUGGCCAGUGCAGCUAUGUCCUCACAUGCUGCAUUGCGAAGAUAUCAAUUGCCAUGGGCGUUCUUCGUCUCACCGUCAAGGAAUUUUAUUCCAUCAUCUUGUGGGCUGUGAUCGCCGUGACGAUGGUCGUCGGGCUCCUGUUCUGGUUUAUGUUGACUUUGCAGUGCCAUCCGGUCUCGCAUUUCUGGCAUAGAGACCGGCCUGGACACUGCUUACCCGUCGACACCAUCAUCGAUGUGGCCUAUCUCUACAGUGUCACUGCAACCAUUUGCGAUUUUGCGCUGGCCAUUGUGCCUAUCUUCCUGGUCUGGAGCCUGCAGAUGAAUCGGCGUUCGAAGAUUGCCCUGGCUGGUAUUCUUGCUAUGGGAGGGAUUGCUAGUGCAGCUGUCAUUGUCCGCAUCCCAUUCCUUCACGAUUAUAAAAAUCCGGAGUUCCUCUAUGCGACAAGUCAAAUCUCCAUUUGGUCUAAUGUCGAGGCCAGUCUUGGGAUUACAGCUGGCAGUCUGACUACGCUUCGUCCUCUAUUCCGUUUCUUCCGCGAUGGCAGCUACGGAGGCUCUCGAAGCGGGAAGCCCAGUCGCGGAACCAGCAUUCCUCUCUCCCGCAAGUAUGGGGGUCCAUCGACAUUUUCCAGGAACGAUCCAGAAAAUCACUGGCGGUCGGAUCUGGAUGACGAUGGCAUGCGGGGAAUUAUCACGACUGUUCAGACGCAGCACAGUGGAGAUAGCAGCAGCCAGGAGCAUUUAAACCCCGGGAGGGAAAAUUACUUCCAUGGUGUCAGUGUGCACAAGUCUUUCACUGUGACUACUGACAGGAUAUAUAAACUUAUGUACAAUAAUGACGAGUCCGGUUAUGAUCAAUUGUUAAAUCUUAUUCUUCAAUGA